AAAAAACUCGAGGCGUUUUUUACUGGAAUUGCGCAAAGGCGGGCCUCAAGGCGAACCUCAUAUUGCGCAAUUUUAAACCAUGGGUCAAAGGAUCCUCCUUCCAUUUCAUUGAAGAAUGUUGUUUCUUCAAAGAUCACAUAUUCGAGCUGCACUUUGUAAUUUAUCGUCCAUUUCAUGAAAAAAAAAAACCUUCAUAUUCUUAUUUUGGCAGUUUGAUAAAGGAUGUGCGAUCAAAAUCUGCAGGAACUUAACUUCGCAGAGGAGCAGAUACAAUCCUCAGAUGCGCUGGUUGAGAUGAGUCAGGGACAGUGGGAAGGUUGUCUUCGCUAUGACAUCUACACUCCAGAAAUGGUCAGUUUGAUCGAGAAAACCCAGCCUGAUUUCUCGCCACCUCUUGGAGAAUCACUGAGACAGGUGGAGUUCAGAAUGAUGGAAUUUAUUAACAAAACUGUUCUGCAAAUUCCUGAGAAGCUUUUUAGUGGGGAUCCUCCACUAAAUCAUAAUGAAGUCAAGGAAUUGUCACGCCACAGCUCAGCGAAUUCAGUACAAGAUCGUGAUGGUCCUCAGUGGGAUCUUCUUUACCGUCUCAACCGAACUGGAAUUCAGAGGAAGAAAUCUGGUAAGAGCAGGCUUCAGUUCAUGACAACAGGUGACCAUGAGAAUGAAGAAGAAUUCUCCCCUGGAGAAACUAGCCAUAGUUCCUUCAUGAACGAAGCAAAUUCCAGUCGAAAUCUUUCCACAUCUAUUGGGAUUUUCACACAUGCAACCCCAAUCAGAUGCCUUGUAACUUGUCUUCUUGGUUGUAAUCCAGCAAUGUCAAUGAGGAUCUGCAUUGAUGAUUCUUCAGUUACAGUGCUUCAGCACUCCCUGAGAAAAGGAUGGCAGAUAAAGAGAUUAAACGAUACAUCGCAUGUCAGGCUACUUUAACAGGUGAAUGAUUUGAGUUCCAGAAUUACAGAAACUGGUUCAGAACGAUCGCUCAGCAGAAAACAUGUUAGUGAUUACAAAAUAUUAUAUUUAUUUCAUUGUAGUUUAUUGUGUAACAUGAAGAGCUCUGAAUAGCAUGUCAUUUUUUAGGAAAAUUAGCGUUUGUAUUUUAAUAUUAUGUGUAACUAAACAUUACUUAUCAUACACAGUUACAGCUAAUUAUGGAAAUAUGAUAGUCAAUUUGGUUUAAA